CCCUUUAUAAUCAUCAAGCCAAAUUCAAGAGUUGUUAUGAUGAUGGUGGGGUUUGUCAGCUGCCACCAUAUUUGAAUAGUUUCUGAUUCAAGAUUUAUGAUAUCCACAUGCGAUUUUGUGAUAAAUUCUUGAGAUUGUGAUGCGGGUUUUGCGACUGAGCAGAGAUUUAGGCUGAAAAGCUCGGAUUUUUUAUCAUCUUAUUGUCUGAGAAGUUUUUCUCUUUUUUUUGGGUGAAUUACUAUGUGAAAGAGGGAGAAUGGUUAGAACUACAUUGAAGAAAAUUGUGUAUCCUUGCUGGAAGCCAUCUUUUCUGGAAGGUGAUAGUCAAAACGGUGGUAGAGAGGCGGAUUCCGGUGGGAUUGUAGACGGUUUAUGGUGGUACAAGGACUCUGGAAAACAUGUUUAUGGUGACUUUUCUAUGGCAAUGAUCCAAGCCAACAAAGUGUUAGAGGAUCAAUGUCAACUUGAAUCUGGGUGUCUGAGCUCUGUUGAAUGUGGCCCUAGAGGAACCUUUGUUGGAAUCUAUGAUGGUCAUGCCGGCCCUGAAGCUUCGAGGUUUAUCAAUGAUAGACUAUUUGACAAUAUGAAAAAAUACGCAUCAGAGAGUGAAGGAAUGUCGGAUGACAUUGUACACAAAGCGUUUUUGGCUACAGAAGAGGAGUUCCUUUCUUUAGUGGAAAGUAAAUGGCUAAGGAGUCCCGGAGUAGCUUCUGUUGGAUCUUGUUGUUUGGUUGGUAUAAUAUGCAAUGGAGUGUUGUACAUUGCAAAUGCAGGAGAUUCCCGUGCAGUAUUGGCAAGGGAAGAGAGAACCAGCAACACGUUCAAAGCUGUUCGAGUUUCAGAAGAACACAAUGCUAACAUGGAAUCUGUUAGGGAGGAACUACGAUCAUUGCAUCCAAAUGAUCCAAAUAUUGUAGUAUUAAAGCACAAUGUGUGGCGUGUGAGAGGUCUUAUCCAGGUUUCUAGAUCAAUCGGUGAUGCAUAUCUGAAGAAACCAGAGUUCAAUAGAGACCCUUUAUUGCCAAAAUUUAGACUGUCUGAAUCUUUCAGCCAGCCCAUUCUAAAAGCUGAACCAUCCAUACUAGUGCAGAAGCUCACCCCCAAAGAUCAGUUUCUUAUUUUUGCAUCUGAUGGCCUGUGGGAGCAUCUUAGCGAUCAAGAGGCAGUUGAUAUAGUCAAAAGUUCACCACGCCAUCAGGGAAUUGCGAGGAAACUUGUUAAAGCUGCGCUGAUUGAAGCGGCAAAGAAAAGAGAAAUGAGAUACUCGGACCUAAAGAAAGUAGACGGAGGGGUAAGAAGACACUUCCAUGAUGACAUCACAGUUAUAGUUUUGUUUCUGAACUGCCAUUUGCCAACCAAAAGUUCGUCCAGCGGUGCCAUGAUAUCGGUGAAAGGUGGUAUCAUGCAUUUAUGAUCCCCGCGUCCCUUUUUAUUUCACGUAAAUUCCUGAAAAUAAAAUGGAGGGAUUUCGCAUAGCUUCGUUCUUCUGAAAUGUAAUAACACACAGUUGAUGAUUAUGCCAAGAAGAUUAUGCAGAAGCUCUGAUGAUUGGCAUAUGAAGCUAAUGUGCAGUUGGGUUGUUCUUGUUUUCAUUUUUGUUUUGGGAUUGAGGGGUAGGGUGGUGGGCAGGGGGUAAGAUGCCCAGGUGCAUCUCAGUUUUGUUAAAAGUUUGCUUGUACCUAAAGACCAUAUCAGAUCACAGACUACUACAUGUUUCCUUUGAGAUCUUCAUUGCUUUAAUCGUCAUCAAUGGCAUUUAC